AUGGCUUCCAGAAAACAAAUCCUAGUGGGGUUCUUCAUGGUCCUGACCCUGACCCUCAUGCUCUUCUUCAUGACCAGCGACUACAGCUUCGCACUCUCAUUCCGAGCUAACUCCCACCCGCUUCAGAUAAAGGACGAGGAGAGCUUGGUGAAAGGGAACCCAAAGUUCUUUGGUGGUGAGGAUGUAGAGGUAGUGGUGUAUGAGGGGAAGGAGGGGGAGGUGGUUCCUGAGGGACUCAUACCGACUGAUAGCACGCAUUCUACAGUAGUGAUUAUCAAUACUGGAGAGGAGAAAACGAUGGAGGAGAUUGCUGAUGAGAUGAGGAACGGAGGAGACUGGAUGGUCGGGGAGGCGGACAGAGGUAACGAAAUUGAGUAUCCAAAGGUGGAAAUAAAUCACGGUGUUGAAGUGAACCCUGCAGAGCCUACUGAGGGCACCACCCCAUCCCCAGAGCCUACUACUACGGUGAAGAGUACAACAACAGAGAACACCACCACUGAAGUUACCACCACAACUACCACACCCACCCCCACAACAACACCAGAACCAGCUACUACUUCUAGUUCCCCUAUUAUGAAGGAAGACAAGAAGGGUGUCAAGAUGAAUUGGAAGAGAGAUGUUGGUAAUAUGGUCACCACAGAGACGGACCCCCAGUCCGUCAGCUCCACAGGUGCUCCUUCCUUCUCAUUACCUUCUUCAGAACCAACUACAGAGUCAGUAUCACAGCAACAUGAUCUUCAGACCAAAUCAACAGUAAAGUUACCAUCAUUAUCAUCAGAGUCAGUACCAGUGGUCACACAAGAUUUCACUGACAGUAACACUGAAACAGCUGACAAAUCUGCAGCUUCCCAGACUGUGACCCAAACGGGUCCCAUGGUCACAGAUUUUGGCACGUCGACAGAACAAGGGGUGGACAACCAUAGCAUAACCGGGACCCCUAAAACUGUCAGUUUCAAUCAGAGCAGUAGUCCAAUGAACAAUACAAAUCAUAACAGCAGUGAUGCUGCUUCUACAGUAGACUCUAAUUAUCAGAUUCAUAAUCAAGACAGUCUCCAAGGUGAGGGACCAGUUGUUAUUGAAAACAAUGAUUUACCAGAAGAAUAUCUGUCAGAUGAGUGGGACGACAGUGGUGAGAACUCAUUUGUUUGA